AUGAACAUUGUCAGAGCAUUUGUGUUAUCAAUUGUUGCCUUCUAUAGGAAGAAAGAUGAGAAAAUAGAAGUUUCGAAACAACCGGAAUGGGAAUAUGAUUACAUUAUUGACAAGCCUUCGAUUAAAAACAUAAGACGUUUACUUAUAGUGGGAGGAGGAUCUUCAGGAUCGGUCGUUGCCAAUAGAUUAUCAGAAAAUCCUCACCAUAAAGUUUUGUUAUUAGAAGCCGGAGGCAAUGAAAAUAUAUUUUCUCAAGUACCUGGUUUUAGUCAAUCUUUUCUAAGUACUCAAUUGGAUUGGAAUUACGUAACAGAACCUCAGCAUUUUGCUUCUUUUGGUUUUCAAGACCGAAGAGUAAAAUGGCCUAGAGGAAAAGUGUUAGGAGGUACAAGCUCUAUUAACUUUAUGAUAUACAGUAGAGGAAAUCGACGAGACUACGAUAACUGGGCUCGAGGAGGAGCGCAUGGAUGGAGUUGGGAAGAAGUAUUCCCUUAUUUCCUUAAAUCAGAAGAUAAUACGGACAUUAAUGUUCUAAAGAAUGGAUAUCAUAAUUCAGGUGGCUACCAAACAAUUUCUUCUCCGAACUAUUUUACACCUUUAAUAAAAGGAUUUAUGAAAUCUGUUUUAUUAAAUGGGCACGUUAUGAGAGACUUCAAUGGACCUAUUCAAACAGGUUUUGCUUUUCCUCAAGCGACAAAAAGGAAUGGAAUGAGAUGUAGCACUAAUAAAGCAUUCCUUCAGCCAGUUAAAGAUCGCCCGAAUUUAACUAUAUUACUUUUUUCAUUUGUCACUAAGAUUGUUAUUGAUCAAUAUAAAGUUGCUAGAGCUGUUCGUUUCGAACGUUUCGGUCAAUCUUACAUUGUUUAUGCCAGAAAGGAAGUCAUUUUGUCUGCAGGCGUUGUUAAUUCUCCACAACUAUUGAUGCUGUCAGGAAUCGGUCCUAGAGAAGAUUUACACAGACUUGGAAUUCCCGUUGUUUCUGAUCUGCCAGUCGGAUAUAAUCUGCAGGAUCAUGUAUUUACAUACGGAAUGGAUUUCUUAGUUAAUAUUCCCUUUAGUCACGUACUUUAUCGUUAUUUUAAACCAAUAAACAUUGCCCGAUAUUUAAAGUUUAAUAAAGGAAUUUUGACUGUACCUGGAGGCCUAGACCUUAUAGGAUAUAUUGAUACGAAGUAUGCAAAUAAAUUAGAUGAUCAUCCCGAUGUCGAGAUCAAUUUUCUUUCUUCCACGCUAGCAUUUGAUGGAGGAAAAAUUACGCUUCCAAUUCUUGGACUUAAAAGAGAGAUAUGGGAGCGUUGUUAUAAACCAUUCUCUUUCAAAGAAUCAUUUGCUAUAAUACCCAGUUUGCUUCAUCCUAAGAGUCGUGGAUAUAUAAAAUUAAGGAGUACAAAUCCUCAUGAUCAUCCCAUCAUCCAGCCUAAUUAUUUAUCUCGUUUUGAAGAUAUUCUUGUUUUAGUUGAUGCCUUGAAGGAAGUUCUCAGGCUCGGUAACUCCAUUGCUUUAAAGAUAUAUGGCGCUCGAAUAUUUCCUAGAAGAAUACCUGGAUGCGAAAAAUAUGUGCAAUUUAGUGAUGAAGAUUUGCACUGUAUAAUAAGAACUUUAAGCACGACUGCAUAUCAUCCGGUGGGAACAUGUAAAAUGGGUGCAAUUGAAGAUCCAACGACAGUAGUGGAUCCAGAGCUAAGGGUUAAAGGAGUAUCGAGAUUGAGGGUUGUUGAUGCAUCAAUUAUGCCAACUAUUAUAUCAGGAAAUACGAAUGCUGCUGCAAUCAUGAUCGCUGAAAAAGCAUCUGAUAUGAUACGCAAUACUUUGUAUUUUUGGUAA